CAUGGGUCGGAGCCGGAGCCGGAGCCUAUCGAGGUCACCGUCGUACUCUCGGAGAGGCCACUCCCGGUCUCCGUCUCCGUCUCCGGUCAGUCACCGGUAUGGUAGCCGCCGUAGUCGUAGGGACCGCAGCCGGUCACGUUAUUCCAACUCUCAUAGCAGGCGAAGAAGUCGUUCAAGUAGUUCUCGUCGACGUAGAAGUCGUUCAAGUAGUCCUCGACGACGCCGAAGUCGUUCACCCACAUUGAGGCGCCGAAAGAGCCCUUCUCCAACACCUAGGCAUCACAGGAGACAGAGAAGUAGGAGUUACUCGUUGUCACCUGUUAACAAGUCUCCUAGUUCUAGUCCGGCAUCAUCUGAGCUCAAGAAUGCCUCAGAAAAGACCAGAAAGGAAGAAGAAGAGAAGAAAAGAGAACAGCAAGAAGAAGAACUGAAAAGAUUAGAAGAGGAGACUGCAAGGAGGUUGGAAGACGAAAUCCGGAGGAAGGUUGAAGAAAAAUUGGCUUCAGAAGAAGUUAAACUGGAAAUAUUAAGAAGGAUAGAAGAAGGCCAGAAGAAAUUGUUUGAGGAUGUUGAAGUUCAACUGCAAAAGGAAAAAGAAGCUGCUCUUAUGGAGGCAAAACUAAAAGAAGAACAAGCUCGAAAGGAGAGGGAAGAGCUUGAUAAAAUGCUUGAGGAGAAUAGAAGGCGGGUAGAAGAGGCUCAGACGAUGUUAGCUAUGGAACUUCAGCGAAAAGAAGAAGAACGCCAUCGGGAGUUGGAGUUGAUUCAAAGACAAAAAGAAGAGGCUGCUCGAAGAAAGAAACUGGAAGACGAGGAAGAACACGCGAAUCAGAUGAUAUCGACCAGCAAGAGCAGAUCUCGAUCAAGGUCAAUUGGUCUGUGAUUCGGGUUGAGCAACAGUAAGUUCAACAAAGACGGGCUUCACACUCUUCUUGAACAGUCUACGCUUCAAAGGAGGCUGCCUAAUGCUGGUGAACAGGGGACACAUUUAUUGAACAGAGUUGUGGUUUUGUUGAACUGCAAUGUUUCAAGCAAUUUGUUGUGUUUUUGUUUUCUUUCUAGAUGCAACUUUCACGUGGGCUUUGCAGCUAGCAAGUUUCAGGACCAUUGAUUUGAAUUGCAGUUUUAGACGUAUUGUAGACUGAUAUUUGGUUCGUCAGAAACUCAGACUGACGCGGGAAUGAAUAGUCUAUCGUAGUAGUUAAUGGUAUUCGUUUAAAGGACUUAGGACACUGGUAAAAUUAUGUUUAAAAGUUUCGAA